AUGUCAGACAUAAACUCUACAAAGCCCAGGACUCUGGGCCGGGGGAUCUGUAUCAUCACAGGAGCCUCCAAGGGAUUCGGACGGGCGCUGGCACACAAAGUGUCCCACUCUCUGGAGCCCCGCUCUGUCCUCCUGCUGGUGGCUCGCUCUGGGACUCUGCUGCAGGAGAUGAAGGAAGAGCUGCAGAGCUUCACUGAGGAACAGCAGCUGGGGGUUCACUGCAUAGCUGUUGAUCUGAGCAUGAAAGAGGGGGUGGAUGAAAUUGUCAGGGUGGCAAGGAAGGAAGCUGUAAAUGAAAUAGAACAUGUGCUUCUGAUCAACAAUGCUGCAUCUUUGGGCGACAUUUCCAAGUUUGGGAGUUUCACCGACCCCAAUGAGGUGAAUUCUUAUCUGUCCCUCAACGUAAGCUCUCCCCUGGCUCUGACUGCAGGGAUCCUGCAGGUGUUUCCCUACAGAACGGGCCUACGAUGGAGCGUGGUGAACCUCUCAUCAACGUUUGCACUGCAGGCCGUACCGUCCUGGGUGCUGUACUGCACAGCCAAGGCAGCCAGGAAGAUGAUGUUCACGGUGCUGAGUAAUGAAGAGCAACACAUCAAAGUCCUCAGCUACUCUCCAGGUCCAAUGGACACAGAGAUGCAGAAGGAUAUUCUGAGGUUAACAGGCGUCAACAAUCAUCCGCUGCCCUGCCAGGAAUCUGUGGGCAAACUGAUGAAGCUGCUUCUGGACAAUGACUUCUCCUCAGGAGCGCACAUCGACUUCUUCGAUGUGUGAUAUGAAUAUGAAACAGAGUGAAGAAUAAUAGUGUCCACCUCGUGUAAAUUAAAGUUGCUAAAGUUAGAUAGAAAGACCCAUGCUCUUUGCUUCUGCUCUCAAGUUAAAUAUUUAAGCAUAGAAACAAAUAGAACACAGUAGGGUAGCUAUAUGUAGUUUACAAAAAGAAAAGAAACACAACAAAAAUGACUGUUCCAGUUUUGUAAAUUAAUGUCACUCCUUAUUAUCCAUUUCCCCCUUCUAAAUAUAAGAACACAUCUAUGUAUAGCCC